AUGGCCGACUUUGUCAAGGCAUUUUUCGGCGCCCAGAAGCCCGUGGUGGCGCCUGUUGAUGACGGUGACUUUGCCGACUACGCGGGCGCGCCCGACCCCUCGCCGGUAGAUCUUGCCUCGCUGACCACGUCGUCGGUGCCCGCCGCUGCGACUGGCAUUGCUAGCCGCCCGUACACGGCAUGGUACCGCGUGUGGGAGCGCACGACGCUCGACGACUUCAAGCUGGAGAUGUACAUUCUGCCCUUCCUGUUCGCCAUCAUCGCCGUCCACGUAUGGGGCACCAAACGUAACCGCAGCAAGGCGCGCAACUGGGCCAAGUCGCACGUCCCCAUCCUGCAGAACGAGUUCGUCCAGGUCGGCUACCUCAAGCCCGCCGAGGGCUCGACCGGCGUCGGCAACGAUGACCUUGCGGGCGCUCUGGUCGAGGCUGCAAAGCUGGACAAGGUCCUCCGCGAGAAGAAGGCCGACGAGUACACGACCUACGCCACCGGCCGCCAGAACACCGCCUUUAUCGACUUCAAGCUGACCCUCGCCAAACGCUUCAAUCCCUUCCUGCGCUUUGGUGAGCACAUCCUGCCGCUAUUUUUCGAGAGCUUCCCGCCCCCGCAAGAGCGCCUCGAGGCCACCGCCUAUGUCUUCGACGGCCAGGAGACCAAGAUUGCCCCUGUGUACGGCAAGACAGACGCCAAGAAGGUCCCUAACAGCACCUUCGACGGCUUCGUCUUCGCUGUAGUGCACAAGGACAUCAUGAAGCGCCUGCGUGACGACCGCUACGACCUGUCCUUGACCACCACCCGCGACCACGCCAAGCUCCCUGUCUGGACCACCGUCAUGAGCGAGAGCGCCGAAGUCACUGACACACUCCUGACCCCUGAGCUCGUCAAGGCCAUCCAGGACGCCGGCGACGCUUUCGAAGCUCUGGUUGUCAGCGACCAGCCCAUGGACCAGCCCAAGACCCUCGACGACACCAAGCCCCGCAAGCGCAUCAACCUCUCCCUGAAGCUGCAAUCUGACUACACCAACACCCUGCCCAUCUUCACCCAGUUCCUGCGCCUCCCUGACCACCUUGCCUCGGCUGCGCACUUCCGCCCCGAAGCACUCCGCCGCAUUCGCCAGACACGCGAGGAGCAGAUCUCCAAGAUCCGCCGCCUCGACGAGGAGGAGAAGGCUGAGGAGCGUAAGCUCGCUGCCGAUAAGCUCAAGAAGGAGCAGCGCGACGCCAAGCUCGGCAGGCUCAGCGCAGACGAGCAGAGAAAGUUCUUGGAGAAGGAGCGCGAGAAGAAGAGCAAGAAGGGCAUGAAGAAGGGCACCGUCAAGGCGUAG